AUGUCGCCGCCUAACAACCAGAAAAUUCUUCGCGUCGGCUUGAUCGGCUGCGGUGAAGUGUCCCAGGUUGUUCACAUCCCAACUCUCUCUUACAUGUCAGACUGGUUUCGAAUCACCUACCUGUGUGACGUCUCUGCCCUGGCACUUGAACAUUGCGCGUCCAAAGUGGCAGGCGCGAGACCGCAGACUACGGCAAAUCCUGAAGACCUCUGUGCAUCAGAUGAUGUUGAUGUUGUUCUGGUAGUGAGCUCGGAUGAAUAUCACUCUUCACACGCUGUCUGUGCUCUUCAACAUAACAAGCAUGUGUUUGUGGAAAAACCUGUCGCCUUGACAUCGCGAGAUAUUGAAACCAUCAUGACAGCUGAAAAGAGUAGCAAAGCCAAGGCUAUGGUGGGGUAUAUGAGACGCUAUGCCUCACCAUUCGAGGAUGCUGUGAGAGAAAUAGGGGGUCUGAAUAAGGUUCUCUAUGCUCGAGUUAGAGAUAUCAUUGGCCAAAACUCGUUUUUUGUCGAUCAGUCGAGCACAUUCCCACGCAAAUUCACGGAUUUUAAGCCUGAAGAUGCUGCAGACAAAUCGAAUCGGGCCAAAGAGAUGAUUGCCGAGGCAUUUGAAAAAGACUGCGGCGGAAUCCCAGUCACUGAUGAUUCUACCUUGAUGUGGCGUAUCCUAGCUGGUCUCGGCUCUCAUGACCUCUCAGUAAUGAGAGAAGCACUGGGGAUGCCCGACAAAGUUGUUGGCACCUCCCUCGGGUUUCCCUUCUGGACUGCAAUUUUUCAAUAUCCGGGCUUCGCUGUCUCUUAUGAAUCAGGAAUGGAUAACAUCCCUCGCUUCGAUGCCCAUUUGGAGGUCUACAGCAACAACAAGACGGUUCGGGUUCAGUAUGACACGCCUUAUGUGAAGGGCUUACCUGUGACUAUGCACAUCGUGGAAAAUGUGGAUGGUGCGUAUAGGGAAAGCACUAUACGUAAGUCAUAUGAGGAUCCUUACACGUUAGAACUGAAAGCUUUUUGGAAGUUGGUGGUUGAAGGACAACCUGUGAAAACAACAGUGGCGGACGCAUUGAAGGAUAUCGAAAUAUUUGGCAUGAUCAUGAAACACGGAUAUGGUGGAAAGUAG